AUGCCUCCCAUACCGUACCGUACCUAUGUUCGAAGCCAUCCUGGCUCUUCCAAAGAAGAGAUUGAGAAUGAACCUGACUGGAGCUCUGCCAAGCAUCACAUUGGCUAUCGCAACCGACACGAUCGUAUUCCUGGACUCGUACAUGGCGGUGAUGAUUCUGACAGCGAAGACAGCCAGGAGUCCUUCCUCAAAGAGGCCGAAGAAGAGUCCAAUGAGCUGCAGAAGGAAAUGAGCGAGCACAAAUUAAUCAACUUCCGCGAAGCCAAGGAGAAACAAGAAGACUACUACCUCGAGGAACCGCAAGCGCAUCCCAAUGGCUGGCGUUACAGACUCAACGAAUCCGAAGACUUCAUCAAGAAUCAACAACCAUGGCCCGCGAACUUGAAACGACAAAAGCAGAAAGAAGAGGCCGAGAAAGAAGAGAAAGAGAAGAAAGAGAAGAAAGAGCAGGAGAAGCAACAACAAGAGCAUGAGUGGAAGGACGGCAACCUCAACCGUCGAAGACACAACGAUGCUUAUGCUUCAAGUGGCGGUCAAGAUGAUUCCAAGCCGAGCGACCAAAAAGAUGACAAGCAAGAAGGCAGCAAGAACGACGAGAAAGACUCUCGAAAGGACUCUCAGAAGACUGAACAAGCAGACUCGGACGACAAAGAUUCCAAACCCAAGUCUGAAUACGAAAGGCUCCGAGAAAAGUACAGCGUUCAGGAGAUUGCUCUGCUAAGAAGUCUACAAGAGGAGAAGAAGAUCGUUGAGAGCAUAAAGCAAAGCGAUGGCAAGAUGAAGUCUGCCUGGGCACAUCUCAAGCCGUCCGAUGUUAUCGACGAUGCCGACCGUGCAAGUCCAGACAACUGGAUCCCAAGAGAUCCCAACAUGAUUCGUCUUACAGGCAAGCACCCUCUCAAUGCCGAGUAUCCGCUAUCAGAUCUGUACGAGACAGGUCUAAUCACUCCAAACCGCCUCCAUUACGUGAGAAACCACGGACCCGUUCCUCAUCUACUCUGGGAGACACACAAGCUGGAUAUCGAAAACGGUAAAUACAAGUUCACUAUGGACGAUCUUGUCAACAAGUUCGAUAGCGUCAACAUUGCAGUCGCACUCGCGUGUGAUGGAAACAGACGCAAGGAACUCAACAUGAUCAAGCGAUCAAAAGGCUUCAACUGGGGCGCUGGAGCCAUCAGUAACGCGUUCUGGAAAGGCGCCCUCUUGUCUGAUGUCCUGAAAGCAGCGGGCAUUGACUACCCUACCAAGAAUUCUGGUACCAGGAGAUGGGUAAAUUUCGCCGGAUCUGACGAGCCUUCUGAGGGCACCUACGAGACUUGCAUCCCGUAUGAAUAUGCCAUGGAUCCUGUCAACGACGUGCUGUUGGCCUACGAGAUGAACGAUGUCAAGCUACCUCCUGAUCAUGGUUAUCCUCUACGAGUCAUCAUUCCCGGAUAUGUUGGUGGUAGGCAAGUGAAAUGGCUGAGCAAGAUCUGGAUUAGCGAGAAAGAAAACGAUAGUCAUUACCAUAUCUGGGACAAUCGAGUACUACCAGCUUUUGUGACCGAAAAAGACGGAGAAUUUGCCGAGACCCUCUUCCGUCACCCAGACACGGCAUGUAACGAGCAGAACCUGAAUUCAGUCAUCGCCAAGCCAGGUCAUGGUGAACGCAUCGAGCUAUCAGACGUCAAAAAGGGCCACACUUACCGUAUUGCCGGAUACGCCUACGACGGAGGUGGUCAUGAGGUACAGCGAGUCGAGGUCAGUCUCGACGAUGGUGCAACUUGGCUGUACUGCAUCAGACAGUUCCCCGAAGCUCCAGUAAGACAUGGCCACAAGUACUGGACCUGGAUCCAUUGGUACAUCGACAUUGAAUUGGGUCACUUGCUUCGUGCUCCGAGCAUAAUUGUGCGUUGCUUCAACGUCUUCAAGAAUACCCAGCCAGAGGUUGGUUCAUGGAACGUCAUGGGCAUGAUGAACAACGGCUGGUACAAGGUCAAGCCCGAGAUUACCGAAGGCAAAGACGGCGCCAUGGAAGUUCUCUUCCGCCACCCCGUCGAACCAGGAACCGGCACUGGUGGCUGGGUAGAGCCAAGCGCGGACGAAAAGAUCGCCAGCGCAAAGCAAAGUGGAAGCACACCCCAGAAGCAAUUUACCAGAGAAGAGAUUGAGAAGCACGAUAAAGAAGACGACUGCUGGAUUGUGGUUGAUGGCAACGUCUACGAUGCGACUUCGGUGCUUGACUGGCAUCCCGGCGGUAAAGCGACUAUUCUGAACCAUGCUGGCAAGUUGACUCAAGAGACUUCGGAAAGUUUUGAGUCCAUCCACGAUGGCUAUGCUUACAAGAAGCUUUCUGAAUGUAUCCUUGGAACCGUCACGGACAAGGCAAAGGCACAUAUGAAGAAAGAAGCCGAAGCAGCCGCCAAAGCAAAAGCUGAAGCUUCGAGCAGAAACACUGAUGUCGUACUUUCCAUGCAGCAAUGGUACCCUGUGACCCUUCUCAAGAAGAAGAACAUUUCCAACGACACCCGCCAAUAUACCUUCAGUUUAGGCGACAGGACCAAGAAACUCGGCCUCGGCACCUGCCAACAUCUCCAAAUCGGCUUUCACAUGGCCGAUAAGAUGCUUGUUCGCUCCUACACGCCGACCUCUCCCAUCAUCGGAGCAGACACUGAAGACGGCACCUUUGACCUCGUUGUCAAGACCUACUUCCCUACGGAUCAGCAGCCCGGCGGCGCCCUAAGCAACAUCCUCGACUGCAUGAAAGAAGGCGAGGAAGUCGAGAUCCGCGGUCCCACUGGCGACAUCAAGUAUCUCGGUAACGGCAAAUUCGAGAUUUUCGAUGAGGAAGAGCAAUUCGACAACAUCACUCUCAUCCUCGGCGGCUCGGGAAUCACGCCUGGAUAUCAACUCAUCGCUAGAAUCAUGGCUACCGACAGCGACACGACAAAAAUCAAGGUUGUGGAUGCUAACAAAGAUGAAUCGUCUAUCUUACUUCGUGAAGAUCUGGACAAAUUCGCCAAGGAGCACAAGGAUAGCUUCGAAAUUCAGCAUAUCCUGAGCCACCCGUCAGAUGAUUGGAAGGGUGAAAAGGGGCAUGUUGAUGAAGACAAGAUCAAGAAGUAUAGUUAUGCGCCGGAGAAGGAGAGUAGCAAGAAGAAUGUUGUCUUUUUGUGUGGUCCUCCGGCUAUGAUUCAGAAGGCUGCUAUGCCUGUGUUGCGUGAUUGGGGAUACGAGGAAGGCAAAGAUAUGUUUGGGUUCUAG